AUGUCAAUUCUUGAAGACAUAAAUGCCAAUUCAUGCAACUACUGGUUGUUGUUAACAAUCUUUUUUAUGAUCAGUUACGUCACCCAAUUCUAUUUCCGAUACUUUACACGAGAAAGUCCAUUGCCUGGUCCAAUACCAAUACCAAUAUUCAGUAACAUUCUUCAGAUGAGAAGUGAUCCCGCGAUAUAUGCAAAUAAAAUGCAAAAAAAAUACGGGGAUAUGUGGGAAAUUUAUAUGGGUUCUGAAAGACAUGUUUAUCUUGGUCGAGUUGAUUUGAUUGAAAAGAUGAUGAGCUCAUCUUCAAAAACUAAUUUUUUCCAAAAGGGUUCAAAAAAUGAAGGACUGGUUGAAUUAGGCUUAUGA